UUGCCCACCAACUUGCUAAUGGCAUCACCCCUCUCUCUCAAGCUUUCUCUCCCUAGCUAAGCUUCAAAGCCCUGAAGUCUCCACCAUGGAGGAGGGGAAAGCUAUAACCAAGACGAGCUACGACUCUCCAGGCUCAUGGAAGAAAGGAAAAGGAGGAUUCCGAGCGUCCGGAUUCAUUUUCGUGCAGGCGGGGCUUGACAACAUGGGGUUCAUCGCGAACCUGGUGACCUUGGUGCUAUACUUCUACCUGGUGAUGCACUUUUAUCCGGCGACCGCUUCUAACACUCUGACCAACUUCUUGGGUUCAACCUUCUUGCUCACGAUUGUUGGUGGCUUCAUCUCCGAUACCUACUUGAGCAGAUUCUCGACCUGUCUUAUUUUUGGAAGCCUCGAAGUUUUGGGUUUGGCAAUGUUAACCAUUGAGGCCCGCUCCAAGCAUUUGCACCCAGACUCAUGUGGGAAAUCAAGCUGCAUCCACGGGGGGACAGCCACUUACUUCUAUGCCACCCUCUGCCUCUUGGCCCUCGGCUAUGGUGGCGUCCGUGGCGCGUUCCCCGCCCUCGGGGCAGACCAAUUCGACCACAGGGACCCGACUGGGGCCAGUGCUCUCGCCACCUUCUUCAACUAUCUCAUCCUCAGUAUUACGGCCGGUGCCACCAUUGGGGUCACGGCCAUUGUGUGGGUCAGCAUGAACAAAGGUUGGCACUGGGGUUUCUUUAUUGCGACAAUCGCUAGCUUUGUUGGCUUUGUCGUUUUGGCUAUGGGAAAGCCGUUUUAUCGCCUGCAGCGACCCGGAGAUAGCCCACUCCUCCGAAUUUGGCAGGUUGUGCUUCUGGCCAUCAAGAACAGGAAGUUGCCCCUACCGGAGAAUUCAGCUGACUUGUAUGAGAUCAGUGACAAGGAGAGCAGUGUCUUAGCCGUGGCCAAAAUCGCUCACACUGACCAAUUCAGGCUCCUGGACAAAGCAGCAAUCCUACCAAAAGAAUCAAUGCCUGAGCCAUGGAAAGUGUGCACAGUGACCCAAGUUGAAGAGGUCAAAGUCCUGACCAGGAUGCUUCCCAUCUUGGCCAGCACCAUCAUCAUGAACACAUGCAUGGCCCAACUCCAGACCUUCUCGGUCCAACAGGGCCUGCUCAUGGAUCCGCACCUCGGGUCCCUCAAGGUCCCGACGCCGUCCAUCCCAGUCAUCCCCCUCCUCUUCAUGUCUAUCCUCAUCCCAAUCUACGAGUUCGUAUUCGUCCCCUUCGCCCGCAAGCUCACAGGCCACCCGUCGGGCAUCACGCAGCUCCAGCGUGUUGGGGUCGGCCUCGUCCUGUCGGUGAUCUCCAUGGCUGUCGCUGGGAUCGUUGAGGUCAAGCGACGAGACGAGGCCAACAAGAACCCUUCCCACCACAUCAGCCUCUUCUGGCUCUCUCUGCAGUAUGGCAUCUUCGGGAUCGCUGACAUGUUCACACUCAUUGGGCUGAUGGAAUUCUUCUACAGAGAGGCGCCGGUCGGGAUGAGGUCACUCUCAACGUCGUUCACUUGGCUCUCACUGUCCUUCGGCUACUUCUUGAGCACCAUCUUUGUGAACAUCAUCAAUUCGGUCACCGAGAAGAUCAGUCCCAGCAAGCAAGGAUGGCUACAUGGGCAGGACAUCAACAAGAAUAAAGUCAAUCUGUUCUACUGGUUCUUGGCCAUCCUGAGCACGCUCAACUUCGGAGUAUACCUGAUCGCUGCCUAUUGGUACAAGUACAAGAUGGACGACCCUGACGAAUCAGAGACGAAAGCGGGGGCCUCGGAUGGCAUGCCUCUGGUUACGAACAAUAAAGCGACGACCGACCUAACCACUCAGAACGACCGGUCCAUGGUGAUUGAUCCCGUUUCCUCUGCUGCCGAGCCUGUCGCUAAAGAUUAUAAUACUGCGGAAAAAACAGGAGCUGCUGUUGAAGGAGAUCAAGUGAACUAGGUGCAAAGCACAAUUAACUGCAAGAUUGAGAUUGGCAUAUUGAGAACAAGAGAUUGUUCUCUACUUUGCCUUUACAUUUGGUCGUGCUUAUGUUGCGCACGGUGUGCUGUUGAUCAAUCGAUUGCAUCUUAUUGGCACACACUUGGCUUGGAUUCUGAAGUUAAUUUUGAUAUUGUUUUCGGUUUCUAUACAAUAAAAA